ACCUGCUGCUCCGGCUAUGCUAGGGGUCCGUACCAACAGAUGUUCCACAUAAAACCCAGCAAAUACCCGUUAUUUAUGACGUGUAACGCGCUGAACGGUAACGGUGUAGUGAGUUUAGAAGCUAACCAAAAGUGAAACAGGAUUCGGAGCUACAUGGUCUCGAGCCUGCGGAGUGUUUCUCUAGCUGAACUCGACCGAGGUGUCAACCCAGUAACAAGACAUAGACAUGGUUGCUUCCUGGCUUUAGCAGCAGCUUGACCCUCAUCAUUAUGGACUCCUGAAGUCUUCAGGCUUCAGCGACUCGUCUGGUCGCUUGCGUUUGUUUUGGAGCAGAGGUCGCCGUUCAGCCUACAACCCGUCUGACCUCCCAAGCAGAGGGAGCGAGCAGAUGGGGAACAGUUGCUGUCGCGCUGAGAGUCCCUGUGGCAGUGCGGAGGAAAGAAGUGGUUUGCUGAAAGAUGACUCGAAGGCCACGGUGCCCACUGGUGAGACAGCUGUGGUGGGCACCUGCGGUCCUGAUGGAGAUGACGAGAUCAGGAAAAUGCCUGAUGAGGCCAAUAUAAAGGUGGAGGAGGUUGUGCAGGUGAAGCAGAUCCCUGAGGUCGCAGAGAUGGAACCCAACACCACUCAGGAGAAUGGACCCUUGCAGAAGGAGGUCAUACAAACAGCAUCGCCUUCUCCCAGCAAACGGUCCAAACUCAUGGAAAACUCCACCAGAGCACAAGAUGAAGACACGAAGGACCGUCCUGCCGACAGUGGACAAGCUGAACUUGUGCGCUGCACUUUAAACUCCCUGCAGAAACACGCUACAGCUGACUGGGAAGUUUUUACUGCAACAAAUGCGGUGCCAGAAGAAGAAAAUCCAGCCUUGGUGCAGGACAGAAUCCCUGACAGCAGCUCACUAACAGCCCAGGCAGUUUGCCCUGAAAACCACACUGAGGCGAACACGACGAGAGAGUACAUUACACUGGACACUGCUCAUGGUGAUGAUGAAGAAGCAGGCUCCAGAGUCAGUAUUGAAAACGCCGCCGUGGAGCCAUCGGGGGAGUUUUGUCGAAACAAUGAAGUCUUAUCUGUGCCAAACAUUCAGCUCACUGCAGCAGCUUGUCAGGUGUCGUCCAUCUCUGUGGUCAGGCAGGAGAACGACAAACAGUCUCGGAGCUGUGCUGCGGCAGAGGAUUCAGAGAAUGGGAGUUUGUCAUUGUGCAAGGAGCCUGGUCCUGAAGUCGAAAAAAGCCAUGAUGUCUGUGAGUCUUCUCCUGGUUCAGAGCCUGAGGGACUCAACCACAGUGGUGAGGAACGAGACUCCGCCAACUCUGUCAGGGAGCCAGAGACCACAACUCAGGCAGACGCCAGCGAGAGCUCAAAGUCCGAUCAGGAUGCACAGCCAGAUCGUGAGUGUACAACUACGAGCUGGAAAGAGGUCACUUCCUUGGAGAGCAUCAAACAGGAUGUUGGGGAGGAAAUUAUGCCGAAAGGACAGGACAAAGAUGGUGAUGUUCCCAAAGCGAAGGAGGACGAUGAGAGGAAGGAGGAGGUGGAGAGUGCUCCCGCUGAGGCCGAGACUCAGGCUGGAAAAGAUGUUGAAGUUCAGGAGGUUACUGGGGAAGAGGAGCAGCCAGCAGGGAGCACAUCUACUGAUGAAAAGGCCGAAGAGAUACCAGUCACAGAGAAGGAAGACUCUGCUGCUGAAGAUGGCCUAGGGAACAGUGAAGAAGACCUGUACAGAGGAGCGGAGGAGCUGUCUGCAUCACAGAAAAAUAAAGCAGAAAUUACACUUUUAAAGGAGGACAGAUGCAGUUUGGCCCCGGCGGUGGAUAUUCUGUUUUAUAGUGAGAGAGAGUGGAAAGGAAAUACUGCCAAAAGUGCUCUCAUUAGAAAGGGUUAUAAAGAGAUGUCCCAGAGGUUUGGCAGCUUGAGGAGAGUGAGGGGAGACAACUACUGCGCCCUCAGAGCCACACUGUUCCAGGUGCUCUCCCACAGCACCCAACUGCCCACAUGGCUGCAGGACGAGGACAUUAAUAUGCUCCCGAAGCAACUGGAGGCACAGGAAGGUCUGAUAAGCCAGUGGACAUUUCCUGGAGAGUGCCUGCAGGGAGAUGGGACAGGAGAUGCCACCCUGCAGCUAAAAGGCUACAUGGAGCUUCUCCGUAGUAAGUGGCAGGCAGCAAUGGACUGCUCCUCUGCUGUGGAACGGCAGCAGCUGUGCGAGCGAGUGUUUCAGGGAGGAGAAGAGGAGCUGGGGCUGCUUGAGGCACUGAAGCUGCUGAUGCUGGGCAGAGCGGUGGAGCUGCACGGCUGCAUGCAGGCCGGCGGAGACGUCCCGCUCUUCUGCUGGCUGCUGUUUGCUCGGGACUCAUCAGACUGCCCGCGCUCCUUCCUUGACAACCACCUCAGCCACGUGGGCCUCAGCGCCGGGCUGGAGCAGGUGGAGAUGUUCCUGUUGGGCUACGCCUUGCAGUGCACCAUUCAAGUUUACAGACUGUACAAGGCCGACACAGAGGAGUUUGUCACGUACUACCCAGACGACCAUAAAGAUGACUGGCCGUCCGUGUGCCUCGUCACAGAGGAUGAUCGCCACUACAAUGUGCCAGUUGUAGAAGCUGCAGAACUGCAGAAGCAGCUCGACUCAAGCUGAUUGCCACUGCAGAGAAAUCUCCUGCCAUACAAACAAAACACUCCUCAGGUCGAUCAAGAUGAACAGAUUUACGCCACUUAGAGGAAUAGUUCAGCAUUUUAGGACUUUUGCUUUCUUGCUGAGAGUUAGAUGAGAAGAUUGCUACCACUCAUGUCUGUCCAGUAAAUGGGUUAUAUCUUGUUUUAUCUGAACAGAAACAUAAAGGUUCCUUAUGUUACUUUUAACAAGUAUUCAUCCUUUUUGUUGCCAAUAAGUGAACAGGUUGUAAUGUAACUUAAAAACUGAGACUUUCUCAGUCUCCUCCAGCAGCCUGUGUACUGAUUUCAGUGGAAGAGACUCAGAGCGAAUUUUCCAGGAAAAAUCAAAAGAUGUGACUUGCAGCAGAAAUGACCACAGGGUACACUGGAUAAAGGCUUAUUUAUGCUCCGUGUUAGAUACGAAGACACAUUUGGACAGAGCCUUCUGUCUGCACUCUGAGUUCAUUUCGUCUGUAUCUGUGCACAUUUUCGGAAAGCUUACGGAUACAAAUGAAACUGAGCCACUGGAGAUCGUGGAGGCAGUGUAGCAUAUUUCACGUGAGAUGCAACUGAAAGAAAUGACGAAAUGAAGAAAUUUAAAUAUUGGCAAAAUGGAACAAAUGGUGGAAAGAAUUCUCCAUCCAUGUAUGUAUGUGGAUGUAUAUCAUUGCUGCACAGACCACCGCACUUUACAGCGCAGUCUAUUUAAAGGUACAAUGUUAGGAUCCCCUCUACCGUCGCCAUGUUUGUUGGUGUUAACUUGGUGAAACUUUUGACUCUCUAGUGCCAUCUAUUAUCUACGCUAUCAUAAAAGAAGCAUGAACAUAUGAGGGCAGUGACAUUUACAACAUGCGAAAUGAAUGCAUCUGUUGUUGUACGUAAAGGGAGCAUAAAUGAGCCUUAAUUUUUGUCUCAUUUGUCGUCUGAUAAACAGUAAAUUUGUCAAAUUCAGUGCUGAAAAGCAUCGAAGAGGAAACACUUUUGUGAAAUAUAUUGUGGGUUUUGCUUGCUAACGUUAGAUAAAUUUAGCUUGCUAACGCAGAUGAAUUCCUAGUUAGCUAAUGUAGCACAUACGUUAUUGAGUGGAUAACGUCAGCUGAUGCAUUCAGACUCCUGGGACUGGUUUGCGAGUUACUUUAUCAGCUCAGAUCAACCAACACUAGAUCAAUAGCUAAGUUGCAGCUAGCUUAUGGGCUGCCAACAAGCUAACCAUAACCAAAGCUAAAUUUAGCUAACUAGCUUCAAAGCUCAUCUGCAUGGAUUUGCUGUUGCUUGCUUUGCAACAUGAGCUGAUAAAGUAAUUUGCAAAUGGCAAGCAAGCUAGUAUCAUGACGCCAAUGGUCCAAAUGCAAUAUGGGAACAUACAGAUAGUAACAUUAAUCUAAAUACGAUUGUAAUUUAGUUUCCAGCAAUCUAUCAACAAGAUGUCGGCCAGUCACAGUCAGUCUUUGUUUGUCACUGUUGUGACUGAUGCCCAGGUGCUCCCUCUCACCUAGCAACAGGAUGUUGACCACAAUUAACUAAACGGGCUCAGAGAGAGGGGUCACCACUAACAAGGAUUUUCCAAAAGUUACAUGCAGAACUUUUAAGUAUAAAAAUUCAACAUUACUUUACACAGUAUUUCUUAGCAGUCACUUCCCGGAGUCUUGUCGUCACGGUGAGCCUUUACAAGACAUAAUGUGUUAAUUAAUGAGCUUCAGUACUGGUAGGCAGAUUUUAUUAGCUUUUGACAAAGCUGGGCUCGCUGUUUCACUGUUACCAGUCUACGUGCUAAGCUAAGCUAACCGGCUGCUAAUAGUAGCUUCAGAGCACAGACUUCAGAGUGGUAUAGAUCUUUGUUAUCUAAAACUGAGUUCACAUGGAAUCAGGGAGAUGGUAAAUGGCAAACUGGAUAGAGAGCAGGACGGUAAAGGGAGGAGAGGGCAGCAAAAAAUAUUGGUAACAGUAAUGUUAGAUGGCAUUGCCAUUCAAUCUACUGUCUUCCUGAUUCCAUGUGAACGCAGCAGAACUUAAGUCAAGAAAGCAAAAAGGCGUAGCUCCCAAAAUGUCGCUCUAUUUGUUUAAAAACAAAAAAAAAAACAUAUGCUGAUUUGAGACCCUGUACAAGAUGUGGUUUACACACUUCUGUACACACUGUACUGUAUACAGAGUUUUUCUAUUUGGGUAUGUGUACAUAUUUGUGCAUCCGAUAUUGCAGGAUCAUCUCAGUUAAGUCCCAAUUAGUUUGCAGGGUGUCAUUUUGACGUUCAGGUGGGUGGGGGGAGCCCAGAUCUUCUUAGCAACCUUUUUUUGUUUUACAUUUUCCUCUGUAAAAAACUGAAGCUGCCAACAGCGCCAAAAUCAUUAUAUGGUUGGUGUUUACACUGGAAUUUGGGCACUUUGAUUUGUGUAUUAUUAAUUUAUUGUUUUUAAAAGUGUCAGAUUUAAAUCAUUCAUCAGUCAUUUUAAAUUAAGUGAAGCGAAUGAAUCAGUCAAUGAAGGGUUUGAUGAUUUAUCAGGUUUAACAACAGCUCACACCCGAUCGGAGGACUUGGAGGAUUUGUCGCCGCCUCUGUGUCAGAGGUGUGUUUUGUGACAGUUUUGUGUGUCUGUGUGUGUGUGUGUGUGUGUCAAACUCAAUGUGUAACAUGUUGCCUUUAACCAAGCUGUUCUGUGGGGAACAACGUGCCAAUGUUGCUGCAAAUACUGGCAACAGUCCCAACCACCAGCCACUGGAUUCAGUAGUAAAUGCUCGCUUGGUCCUCCAUGUUGCCUUAGAAAUAAUGCACAAUAAGAAUGAAUGUUGGUUAUCAGUGAUUAAGAGGCCAUUUUCUUGCCCUAAUUCCAGAGCAGGCAAAGGUGAUCUGUUAACAGUAAAACAUCGAUGAUGCCGUUUGCAGGAAUGCUCUCUCUCUCUCUGUCAGAUUUUUGGACGGCAUUUAGAUGAAAUCAAAGUACAAUUUUUGUAAAAGUCUUUUUUUCUCUUUAUGAUUGAUUUGAGCUUGUUAUAGCUUUUCCUAAUUUUAUGAAAACUAUAAACAGGAAUUUGAGCUGAUGACGUUUCAGAAGUAUGCUACAGAAAAUGACAUUUCAAAUGUUUGGGGUCUCAGACUCAAUCUGUACAACAUGGUUGAAUACAAUUUUCCUAUCCUCUAAA